AUGGUUUCAGUACCGACAGUCGGUAUCGUAGUCCCUACGAUCUCCAACGGCACGAAUGCAAGUUCUCGAAGCUCACCCAGUGCCACCGCUGGCGUCUCUUCAAAACCGAAGCCCUUAGUGAACUCCAACGGCUACCAUCCGAUCAACCCACAGACACCCCUCAGCUCGCUCACGAGUGCUCCUCUGGACCUGACCUCGGUCGAACGUCGUGGACAGCCCACAGCAGCAAGGGAAACAAAACCAAAACAGAGUCGCCCCCAUGACUUGAAGGAGGCACCCACAUAUCGCCCGACCGAGGAAGAAUGGCGGGAUCCCUUCGAAUAUUUACGAAAAAUCAGCCCCGAGGCGAAGAACUUUGGCAUCUGCAAGAUUAUUCCACCGGAUUCAUGGAAUCCCGAAUUUGCCAUUGAUACCGAGAAAUUCCAUUUUAGGACUCGAAAACAAGAGCUGAACUCCGUGGAAGGGAGUACACGUGCUAACCUAACAUAUCUUGAUGGCCUUUCAAAAUUCCACAAACAACACGGCACCAAUCUUCAUCGAUUACCAUAUGUGGACAAAAAACCACUUGACCUUUAUCGACUGAAGAAAGCAGUUGAGUCAAGGGGUGGCUUUGAAAAUGUUUGCAAACAUAAAAAAUGGGCAGAGAUUGGGAGGGAUUUGGGGUACAGCGGCAAGAUUAUGUCCUCACUAUCGACCUCGCUCAAAAAUUCCUUCCAGCGAUGGCUCUGUCCGUAUGAGGAAUACCUCCGCCUAGCGAAGCCUGGUGUUCAUCAGCAGCUGGAGCAGGAGUAUGGCGGGCCGUUGACCCCAAGCCCUGCGCAAACCCCAGUCAAACGAUCGAAUGUCAAUACACCUCUCAGCGUUAGGGGUGACUCUCCAGCGCGCAAUGCCUCGGAUGCUCUUCAAGCUAGUAUAAGCGGAUUGAAGAUUGAAAGAGAUCGCGACACUCCAAUGAGUGAUGCUCCGCCCCAUCCUUCACAAGCACCUACAUCUGGUGGAUUUACUGCAGUCAACUCAGGAGGCUUUACCCCGAUGAAUUCUGGCUUCACAAGCGCGAAUCGCAAUGCGACGAGUGAGCCGAAAAGCUUCACUCCCGAUCCCAAACGAUUUGACAGUCCCACUUCUUCAGCAAAGAACACACCAGACAAUCGGGCAUCAGCUCUGAAGGCCACAGCAUUGAAGCGACAGUUAAGCUACGAAAGUUUGUCCGACUCGGCGAAGAAGGACAAUGACAAAGAAGACUCUGAGGCGGCAAACAGCCGUCGCAGCAAGCGACUAAAAAAAGAUGCUGUCCCCACUGUGGCUGGAUCGCACAUGACGCCAUUCCGUCCUUCGGUGCCAAGAAUUCCACGAGAAGAGCCACCACCACCGGGCGAGAAAUGCGAAUCCUGUGGACAAGGCGAUGAUGCUGGUUCUCUACUCGUUUGCGAAUCCUGCGACCAUUCCUACCAUCCAGCAUGCCUUGACCCACCAUUGAAACGAAAGCCAGAUACUGAGUGGAACUGCGCACGAUGUCUCGUUGGAGACGGUCAGUUCGGUUUCGAGGAGGGAGGGCUUUACUCUCUUAGACAGUUCCAGAAAAAGGCGAACGACUUCAAGCAGGGUUACUUUGAGAAGAAGAUGCCCUUUGAUCAAGAACUGAACUGUCAUCGACCUGUCACCGAAGAAGACGUGGAGACAGAGUUCUGGAGAUUGGUUGCCGACCUCGAGGAAACGGUUGAAGUUGAGUACGGAGCUGACAUCCAUUGUACUACUCACGGCUCUGGAUUUCCAACGGUUGAAAGGCACCCCAGCAAUCCAUAUGCCACUGAUCCCUGGAAUCUCAAUGUUCUCCCUUUCCAUCCCGAGAGUCUGUUCAGACAUAUCAAGUCCGAUAUUUCUGGCAUGACAGUCCCUUGGGUAUAUGUCGGCAUGAUCUUUUCCACGUUCUGCUGGCACAAUGAGGACCACUACGCUUACUCUGCCAACUACCAGCACCUCGGUGCAACCAAGACGUGGUACGGUAUCCCAGGCGAGGACGCGGAAAAGUUCGAAAAUGCCAUGAAGGAAGCUGUGCCUGAACUUUUUGAGACGCAACCAGAUCUCCUGUUUCAACUGGUCACACUCUUGACCCCUGAGCAGUUGAAGAAAGCAGGCGUUCGUGUGUACGCUCUCGACCAAAGAGCCGGGCAGCUUGUCAUCACCUUCCCUCAAGCAUACCACGCUGGUUUCAAUCAUGGAUUCAACUUCAACGAGGCUGUCAACUUCGCUCCUCAUGACUGGGAACCUUAUGGACUUGCUGGUGUUGAACGACUGCAGAUGUUUCGAAGACAACCUUGCUUCUCACACGACGAGCUAUUAUGGACCGCUGCAGAAAGUGCAGCAACAGGUCUCACAAUUCAAACCGCAAAAUGGCUAGCACCCGCUUUGGAUAGGAUACACAAACGGGAGGCGGCGCAGAGGCAAGCACUUGUCGCGAAACAUCUGGAUGUGGCAUCGCAUAAGUGCCAAUUCGUCGGAGGCGAGGACACAUGUUCUUUGACAGUCACGAUAGAAGACGAGGAUGUCCAGGACGAGGACGAGCAAUGUUGCAGUUACUGCAAGGCUUUCUCGUAUCUGUCGCGCUUCAAAUGUACGCAGUCGGGCAAAGUUCUUUGCCUAGUCCACGCAGGGUAUCAUGCUUGCUGUGACAUGCCUGAGGAAGCACGAUUUCAAGGCCACGGACACGUUCUCUACUAUCGGAAAGCGGAUGAUGACAUGGCUGCGAUAUACCAGAAAGUGAUGGAGAAGGCACAGACUCCUGAUUUGUGGGAGGAAAAGUACGAGAAACUUCUUGACGAAGAAGCUAAACCGUCUCUCAAAUCACUGCGUGCGACACUUCACGAGGGUGAGCGUAUUCCUUACAACCUCCCUUCGCUACCUAUCCUGCAAGAGUUCGUCAAUCGAUGCAAUGAUUGGGUGGAGGAGGCAACAAACUACACUGUCAGGAAGCAGCAGAAUCGACGCAAGAAUGAGAAAGCAUGGCAAUCAAGCUCGCGAAAGUCGAUCGGUGGCUCUGAACAAGACCAAAAGGAAAGAGAGUCCCGGAACGUUUCCAACAUCUAUCGGCUUCUGGAGGAAGCUGAGCAUAUCGGUUUCGAUUGCCCGGAGAUUCUGCAGCUUCAAGAGCGUGCCGAAGCAAUUAAGCAGUUCCAGACGAAUGCCGCACAAGCUUUGAAGAACGCAUCCACCUUGACAACCGACAUGAUCAAGGAACUUCUCGAAGAAGGGCGCGGCUUCAAUGUGGACACCCCGGAGGUUGAUCAGUUGUCCAAAGUUUUGGAGCAAUCAUGCUGGAACCAAAAGGCACGCGGCAAUCGAGGAGUGUAUAUGACCCUUAAAGAGGUUCAGGACCUUAUCGAAGAGGGCAAUAGGCUUGAAAUUCCUCCUUACAACGACCACUUGACCUACUACCGAGAGCAGAUGAUGGCUGGACAGCAAUGGGAGAAGAAAGCCAAGGAACUCAUUGUUGCUGAGUUUGUUCACUACCCUCAGCUCGAAGCCCUUUCGAAUCAAGUGCAGAUCAACGCACUUCCUGUGUCGCAGGAGACCCUGAACGCCGUUGACCAAAUACUUCACAAACAGCGCGAAGCCCACCGUCAGAUACUCGACAUAACAGAGCGUUGUCGCAACCCUGACUUCCGCCAAAGACCAAAAUACUCCGAGGUUGUGGAGAUUCAGAAGAAGCUAGAGGAUCUCAACUCAAAGCCUCAGGGAACCAUUGACCUCGAGAAUGAACGAAAACGUCACGAGGACUGGAUGCGUAAAGGCAAGAAACUCUUCGGAAAAUCGAACGCACCGCUCCAUAUCCUGAAAAGUCAUUUGGAGUAUGUUUUAGAGCGCAACAUGGACUGUUUCGACAUUGAGCACGACACGCCUAGAAUGCCAGGGGAGCCAGUUUCUAGAGAAGUCAGCCCGGAGCCGGGUUCUAGCAAGUGGGAAGACAGUCGGUCUCGGCAAGUUUUCUGCAUCUGCAGGAAAGUCGAGGCGGGAAUGAUGAUUGAAUGUGAGAUGUGCCACGAAUGGUAUCACUACAAAUGCCUCAAAAUUGCCCGUGGUAAGGUAAAGGAAGACGACAAGUAUACCUGUCCAAUUUGCGACUGGCGGAUGAAGAUUCCUAGAGACGCAUCGCGUCCUAAACUUGAGGAAUUGCUGUCACUCGCGGAAGAGAUGACGACACUACCUUUCCAACCUGAGGAAGAGGAGAUCCUUUCCAAGAUUAUUGAAAACGCGCAAAACUUCCGACACCACAUCGCCCGUUACUGCAACCCAUUGUUGUCUACGGAAGCAGAAGCAGAGACGCAGAGGUUCUAUCUGCGCAAAAUCGAAGGUGCUGAAGUCCUAUUGACACAUGAAACAAAUUUCUUCCGUCAGGAGUUACAUAAAUGGUGCCCUGUGGCCCCCGAAGCCCCGCCAAUUCAAGAACAAUCACGGAGCACAAGAAAACCUCGUCCGACAAAGCUUCAGAAGAUGUUGGUCGAGUAUGGCGUCGACAACCCCGACGAUCUUCCUGAACACGCAAAGGGCAAGGCGAACAGUUUGCGCCGUAAAGCAGCCAAUGCAGAAGCCGCGGCGGCAGCAGCAACGCAUUCUAACCCGGGAGGUCUCCCGACAGGCUUGGCAACUGGGUAUGGAUCGAGUUAUUACCCCCGAAUGGGCGAAGGCAGCCCUACCAGUCAUGGACAUUCAGAUCGUCGAGAGUCUCAGUCCUCAGGCCAUUCCAGGGCUAACUCAAUCAAUCUUGGUAACGGUUACCAUUCCGGACCAUUGGGUGCUGGUGGCCCGCAGUUGAUUGUUGAUCACUCAUCGAUGUCUUUGGAGGAGAGGCUUCUGCAGGGCCAAGAGGAUGGCAUUAACUUCCAUACCGACGCUGAACAAAACAAGGCUUUGGAAAUCCUAUCAAGAACCGAACUGGGCAGAAAGCAAGCCGAGAAGAUGUGGGGUCCAAAUGUCUGGAGCACUGGACAUGGCUCUUUGGGCGAGAGACGCAUGUCUAACCCAAUAGACGACGAUAUGAUGAAGCAAGACGAGGUUCACGUGGACCAAAUGUUCAAGGAGAUGACGAACCAGGAUGAAGAAGACGAUAAGAGAAACGAUGUGGGGAGAGAUAUCACCAUGACCACAGCUUCACUGGAGAAUGAGAGAAAUGGUAUGGAUGCAUUACUAGAUGGGGAAUAG